UUUCUUUUUUUAGCUCAACGCAAGUUCUUUCUCCUGUUCUACAGGCUUACUGUGGUGCAUACACACACCUUCCUUUACUCCAAAUAACGUUUCUUUUUUGUUCCCCUUUCCCUUCUUUUUGCAGCUCAAUCUUCUCUUUCCCUCUUCUCUUGGUCUGAACGCGCCUUAAAAUAAGGUAACGACAUACUCAAAUAAUGAAGUUUCCACAAUUGGCCAGUCUGGCAGCCACGGCAGCAGUUUUGUUGCAAUUCGGCAGCUUCGUUCAAGCCAAUCCAAUGUUUGUCGAGAUUCCUCCUGCUGCGUCCCACGGCAAUGAUGCCUCUGAUGCCACUUGCAAGGCUGGUAAAGAAAUAUCCUUUGCCAACAACACCAACCACGUCGUCACUUGGGACGUUCCUUCCACUACCACCCAGGUCAACUUGACUUUGGUUGGACAAGACUACGUUUCGUAUCUCAACACUUUCCUUUGCAUCAAACGUUCCCUUUGUACUUAAAAAUGGUGCCCAACCUGGCGAGUAUCAUGUUCGCCUUGCAACAAUUGGUGGCAACAGCGCACCCUGUGAAGUUGAUUCAGACACGUUCG